GAGGGCCACUUUCCAGCCCUGAUUAAACACACCUGAACCAGUUAAUCAAGGUCUACUAGGAUCAUUAGAAACUUCCAGAGAGAUCCCGCCUUCUCGCACGCCACGAUUGGUCGAUUAUCUACAAUGCCUGCACGCCAUUGGUCGAACUACUUUUCAGUCAUUACUUUCAGCAAGUCAAAUAUGUAAGAGGGGAAGAGCAGUAAACUGUAUGUUAUUCUCACGUAACCUCUAUCACAUCCCGCGCACCUGAAAUACAGAGCGUAAACCAUGUCUUUCACUCCAAAGUCAUACAGUAAACCCCAAACAGUUACAACUUCAAGCACUAGAUCCACUAAAACAGUGGAUGAUGGCAAAAAGAAAUCCCUGCUGAAGGACAAUAGCUGGAUUAAGACAAAUGUGAGCGAGAACGAACAAGUCGAACGUGAUGCGAACUUCGGCAGAAGUGUUCUGAGUCGUUACAAGUCCAACGAAAACCUUGUCAAACCUCAAGAUAAAACUAGCAAAACCGAGAGCAAAACCAGCACUGUCACCACUUCAUCAGGUACCUCUGUCCAAGCUCUCAGUAAAAGAUUUGGUGGUAGCCAGGACAAGCUGAAUGAAACCAGAACCACAGGAACUAAAACAACAGUGAAAACAGAGCCAAGGAGAAGCUCUACUUCUACAUCAACAACAACAAUCAAAGAUGGUACAAAGAUAACCGAGACAACUGUGACCACUACCAAGCAAGAUGUGGUGAAAUCAUCUACCAAGUCUGAAAAACUCACUGAUAGAGACCUGGCAGAUUUAAACACCAAGAGUUCUCGUGGAUACAAGGCUGAGGUUAUUACUGUCAAGUCAUCGAAGGACACUGUUGAUGGACCAACCUCACCUGUCAAGACCACCAGCAUCAAAACCUACACCAAAGGGGAUGUUUCACCAACUAAAACAACAUCUUACUCUGUCCGAUCCACAAAGAGCACUGAGGAUGAACUGUUUGAUACUCUCAUACCAACAUCGAUCAAAUCAUCCAACACUAAACCUGACCGCAGUGACUACAAGACUGAAGUGGUUACUGUGAAGUCUUCAAAGGACAUCAGUGAUGUACCAAGUUCACCUGUGAAGACCACUACAAGCAUCAAGACCUACACCAAGGAGGAUGUUUCACCAACUAAAACAACAUCCUACAGCACAAAGAGUGACUACAAGACCGAAGUGGUUACUGUGAAGUCUUCAAAGGACAUCAGUGUUGUACCAACUUCACCUGUCAAGACCACUACAAGCAUCAAGACCUACACCAAGGAGGAUGUUUCACCAACUAAAACAACAUCCUACAGCACAAAGAGUGACUACAAGACCGAAGUGGUUACUGUGAAGUCUUCAAAGGACAUCAGUGAUGUACCAACUUCACCUGUCAAGACCACUACAAGCAUCAAGACCUACACCAAGGAGGAUGUUUCACCAACUAAAACAACAUCCUACAGCACAAAGAGUGACUACAAGACUGAAGUGGUUACUGUGAAGUCUUCAAAGGACAUCAGUGAUGUACCAACUUCACCCAUCAAGACCACCACAAGCAUCAAAACCUACACCAAGGAAGAUGUCCCACCAACUAAAACAACAUCAUACUCUGUCCGAUCCACAAAGAGCACUGAGGAUCAUCUGUUCGAUACUCUCAUACCUGCAUCAAUCAAGUCAGCCAACACAAAGCCUGACAGCAGUCGCGAGGAUGUAUCAGUCUCCAAAUCCAUCAGAACCGUGUAUUCUACAAACGAGAGAGAUGAGUGGAGCACAGUCACAAGUCCUUCUUACACCAGGACAUCAUACACAGAGAGCAGGCCCACUGAUUACCUGUCUGACAUGCUCACAUCAAAAACCACCACGACUGUGUACACAUCACCCGAAAGGGUAGUAAGUGGGAAGGACAUCUGCACAGUCUGCCAUAAAAACAUGUACACAGAUGAAAAGAUUGUCCUGGAUGACAUGAAUAUCAACUGUCACGCAAGUUGUUUCAAGUGUGGGGUGUGUAAUGCUUCUCUGGGACUCCUGAAGGCAGGGGACAGUUUGUGGGUGUACCGUCGUGCCAUUCACUGUGAGAGCUGCUUCGGUGUCACUAAGGGCAAAUGGCUCCGCUGAACCACAGUUAGCAAUAAUGAAGUGAUGUUAUGAGAGAGACUAUUCCAAAACUUUCCCGUGGCUUUGAUUUGGACUCGGCCCAUUUGAAGUGCAUAAAACAGUUUAUGGUGGUGGACUUCUGUCUGAUAAUAGACUUUGGGGUUUAUUAAUUGCAUUGAUUGCUAUUCUCCCCGAUGAUGUGACAAGGAUCUUAUCUAAUUACCCAAAUAAUAAGAAUAUUUUUAAAGAAGAAUAUUUUUCCUAAUACAUGAUGAUAAAUAUUUUUUUGAGUUGCUUCAUUUUUUUCUUCACUUUUGUUGUAUUAUUAAAGCAAAGCAUACAUCUGUAUGAUGAGAAGAUA